AUGGGGGCGUCGGAGCUUCAUGUGGUGGCGGCCGUCAUGGGCGGCAUGGCGGCGCAGGAGGCCAUCAAGCUCAUCACGCGCCAGUUCGUGCCGUUUGGGGGCACGCUCAUCUACAACGCGACCACGUCCACCACCAGCGUGCUCGACCUCAUACGCUCCUACCAUUCCCAGGUGGAUGCCGCCGAUAACAUUGACUUGCUGCGAAUUUUGACAGAGUGGGAGGAGCAGCAGGAGGCGCGGUGGGGCCAGCGGCCCAAGCUGACGCGCAUCGUGGGGGCCGCGCUGCAGGGGGAGUUCCGCGGCCUGGCCGAGGCGGUGUCGCGCGACAUCUACGUGGAGUCACCCAACGUGCAGUGGGGUGACGUCGUCGGCCUGGGUGACGCCAAGCGGCUGCUGCAGGAGGCGGUGGUGAUGCCCGUGAGGUACCCUGAGCUGUUCACGGGCCUGCUGGCCCCCUGGAAGGGCAUACUGCUGUACGGCCCACCAGGCACGGGCAAGACCCUGCUGGCCAAGGCCGUCGCGACCCAGUGCAGGACCACAUUCUUCAACGUCAGCUCCUCAUCCAUCAUCAGCAAGUGGCGCGGCGACUCAGAGAAGCUCGUCAGGGUGCUUUUUGAGCUGGCGCGCCACCACGCCCCCAGCACCAUCUUUCUGGACGAGGUGGACGCGCUCAUGGGGGCCAGGGGGGCGGAAGGCGAGCACGAGGCCAGCCGCCGCAUGAAGACCGAGCUGCUGAUCCAGCUGGACGGCCUAGCGCGGCGCAGGGACGAGCUCGUGUUCGUGCUGGCUGCCACCAACAUGCCUUGGGAGCUUGACAUGGCCCUGCUGAGGCGCCUGGAAAAACGGAUCCUGGUGCCACUGCCGUCUUGCGCGGCGCGGCGCGCCAUGCUGACCGCCCUCCUCGCCGGCCGCUGCGGUGGCGCCGACGCGUCCUGCAGCGGCGGAGCGGCGGCGGGCUCCCGCAACCCAGGCGGCAGCUGCAGCGGAGCCGACGGGUGGGAAGCGCGCGGCCUGGCGGCGGCUGCUGAUGCAGGGGAGGGCGGCCCAGACCUGGAUGCAGCGGCAGCGGCGACAGAGGGGUUUUCUGGGAGCGACGUGGCGGUGCUCGCCAAGGAAGCUGCCAUGCGGCCGCUGAGGCGCCUGAUGCACGCCCUCGAGCCCGCGGCGUGCGGAGAGGUCGGUGCCGGGACAGCGAGCGGCGCCGGCAAAGGCGGCAGGGUGGGGCGAGGUGUGGCGGCAGCGGCUGCAGCGGCGGCGCUUCCGCAGGCAGCGGCGGAGUUGGAUGUCGCGCGGCUUCUGGGGCGCGUGACGGCUGCAGAUAUGGCGGCCGCGCUCGCAGCAACAAAGCCGACGGCCGGGCUGUAUGCGGCAGAGUACGCCGCGUUUUCACAACAGUUUGGGCAGGUGGUGUGA